AUGAAAGUGGAGUCUCGAGAUUUGGAUCAUAACGACCAACUGCUACGAGUGGAAGCCACUAUUCUGAAACGUAUGCAGCAUUCCGAACAUGUUCCUGUUUUCAUUGCAGCCGGUAACUUUCAGUUAUUAUUUCUGAACUUGAAGCUUGCAGCAGGUCGUACCGCAAUCUUCAAUUUCAUUCUGAUGGAGUUGCUCGGGAAAUCGCUCAGCGAACUGCACAAGGCAACGCCGCAUCGCCAGUUCACAAUUGCCACCGUACUGAAAGUGGCCCUUCAGGCGCUCAGUGCAUUACGCGAUCUACACAGCGUCUACUUCGUUCAUCGCGAUGUGAAACCGGGCAAUUUUGCGACCGGCCUGAAGAAUGUCAAUGUACUUUACAUUCUGGAUUUUGGCCUCUCACGGCAAUUUGCAACGUUCGAUCCGGGAAUGAAAGCGCUGAAGCUACGCAAACCACGUCCACGUGCAUCGUUCCGUGGUACCGUGGCAUAUUGCAGCAUCAAUGUGCACAAACAUUUGGAACAGGGCAGACACGAUGAUCUAUGGUCAAUGAUGUACAUGCUAAUCGAGUUCAUUGCUGGCCGACUGCCCUGGAAAGGACUGGAUCGCAAGGAAAUCGCCGUCAUCAAGCAAACAAUCAGCAAAAAAAAAUUACAAAGACAGUUCGAAUUAACAAAAUCACUCAAUAAAUUUAAGGGUUGCCCAAAACAAUUCGGCAUCAUUUUGGAGUAUUUAUCCACGCUCCGCUAUUUUCAUCGACCGGAUUACGAGCAAAUCGAAAAUCUCUUCGUGAUUGCAAUUCAACGACGUAACAUCGAUCGUAAAGCACCUUUUGAGUGGGGACUGCCGAAGCCGACCGAGAAUGCUGCCAAGAAAACUGACGGGGAACACGAGAAUGAAGCCGAAAAGUUGAACAAGCCAGAAGGAGGAGCACCUACAGCAGUAGCAGCAGCAUCAGCGGAAGCACUAAAUGCAUCGGCUCCACAAGCUGCUACUGCUAUUUCUGCUCCUGCGAUGGCGGCAGCAACAACAAAGUCGGAAGCAGCAGCGCAGGAAAAUCGCAUUCAGGCAACAACACAAUGUGCAUCAUAA